UCUCUCUCUCUCUCUCUCUCUCUCAGCUCAGCUCAACUUUACCCUUUUUCAUGAGUUCAUUCUUCAUGAUAUAGGAGGAUCUCUUCUCUCAAACUUUUGUCCUCUUCAUGAUUUUGUCCUCGUGAUGUAAUUAAUAGUGGGGAGAAAUUAAAAGGCUACAUAUACUUCUCCAUUAGUUAGUUAGUUAGUACUAUCUCUAGCUAGCUAGCUAGUAGUGCAUCUUCUCUCUUAAUUAUUUGUUAAUUUCAUGGCAACGAGCUCUAAUAAUAAUCCCGACGCAAUGGAGACCGAUGACUGCCCAAACCUGACCAUUCAAAUAGAGAGGAACCCAUCUGAGUCUCGUUUGACAGAGCUUGGCAUCAAGUCAUGGCCCAAGUGGGGCUGCCCUCCAGGCAAGUUCCCUCUCAAGUUCGACGCGCAGGAGACGUGCUAUCUUUUAAGAGGGAAGGUGAAGGCCUACGCAAAGGGAUCCAACGAGUUCGUCGAGUUCGGCGCCGGUGACCUCGUGACCAUCCCCAAAGGGCUCAGGUGCACCUGGGACGUCUCCAUGGCUGUUGACAAACACUACAAAUUCGAUUCUUCUUAAUUAACUAACUGGAUAGCCGAUGUACCAAGGACUACUAUACUAUUUUGUCAAUUAAGUUAACCGGAGAAUUAAUUGAUGAUUUCUCUCCAUUCUUUUU